AUGUUUCAUGAAAUCGCUGCGCGCCAGCUAUGGACCCUACCGACUCGGACCCAGGACAGCACGCCUGCGCAUUGCACCCCCUUCACGCUCCCGAGCAACGGCGUCAUCCAGCUCGGUGACGCCUCCGCCAUCACCUUGACCAACGAUGUCGUCUUCCAGCCAGAAUGCACGGGCACCACGAACGGGGAGGUCCUGUUCACUGGCCACCUCAAGGACCCCUUCUAUGCCUCCACGAUCCCUAUGGUCUACGUGAUAUCGGCCGCGACCGUCAUCGCAUGGGUGCUGGUGGUCAUGCUGACCAUCACACCGCGGACGUCAUUCUUCGGCGUUCCGACUUCGUCUCAGCCAUUUGGUGGUGGCCAUGGCAUUAUUGGAGGAGCAAAUGGAGGAUCAGUGGGCUUGGUCGGCUCGGGAUCAAGGCCAUGGCUGCAAAAGGUCGCUACGAUAGCCGUGGCCAUAUCACUCACAAUUGCGACGGCGGACACACUGGAAGUGGCCGAGCGGCAAUACUACAAAGGAUACAUGGAUGCCGAAUCGUUGCGGAAACAGGUUCUAGGGUCUUUGGAGAUUCGAAUAACGCGUGUCGUCUCGGACAUUUUCCUAUGGCUUGCACAGGUCCAGACACUAAUACGGCUCUUCCCACGGCACAAGGAGAAAGUGCUCAUUAAAUGGAUUGGCUUCGUCCUGAUCAUACUGGACACGAUAUUUUCGUGUCUGAACUCCUUUCUGAUCAACUCCACAGUACAUGGAAGGAGAUUCCUGGAUGCGAUACCUGCUCUGUCCUAUCUUUUUGAACUGGCCCUUGGACUUCUGUAUGCAGCAUGGGUCAUGUACUACUCGCUGACCAAACGGCAAUAUGCCUUCUACCACCCGAAGAUGCGCAGCAUUCUACUAAUUGCCGUGCUCGGUCUCGUGUCAAUCCUGACUCCCGUGGUCUUCUUUGUCACUGAUGUAUCGAACCAGGAUGUCGCAGGAUGGGGAGAUUACUUCAGAUGGGUGGGAGCCGCUGCUGCUAGUGUGGUCGUCUGGGAGUGGGUAGACCGGAUAGAGGCACUGGAGAGGGACGAUAAAAAGGAUGGCAUUCUGGGAAGAGAGAUUUUUGAGGGAGACGAGAUGCUGGAUGUCAUGCCUACAGAAGCUUCACCGUGGAGCGAAAGUCGAGCUUUGCGGCGGAACUUUCGGAGAAGAUUGGGCGGUGGUGGAGACGAUGCUGGAGGCGGGAACGAAGCCAGCGCUGCUGAGCACGGGUUAAGCGGUGUUGGUCACCAAUUCCACCGCUCACGACAUCAGCAGUCACCGCAACACUUUCCCCUGGGACGAGCACAUUCGAGCUCGCUGCAGAACUCAAGUAGCGAUCAUCAGGGUCAACCUGGCCUUCGCUUGAACACAGUCACAUUUGACGAACAACAAACGCAUCGACGAAGCAGGACUUUCACCGGGAUCACUCCGCCACCACCGGUUGUCAGUCCUGUCAGCAGGUCUGACACUACAAGUGCAGCAAGCACCGUUUAUGUUGUGCGAUACGACCAUACUGUUACUGAUGUGCCUCAGCCCAUCCGACGGGGACUAAAUGCCAGUCGCAAUGGAAAUAAGCAGAGCAAAACUGGUCGCCAAAAUCAGGACAACAAUAACGAAAAGGACAUUAUAGAAGAAGAGGAGGAUGCACGUCCGAACCGCAACCGCGAGUCGCGCUUGUGGAACGCAGUACCAAACCCUUUCAAACGAAAACGUACCUCACCGCCUCAGGAGAUACAACGAGCUCGUGCUGCAGCGGGUGAGGAUCGAGCUCUCACGCCCUCCGCGAUGAAGAAUCGACUCGGUGCGCUUGCUGCUGAGACUGGAGAACGGUUCCGUGACCGACGUUUUGGACGGAACCCGAGCAUAGCCCUGCCAGUGACAGUCAUUCCUGCCCAGCCAAGGGGCAGUGGCAGGACCUGGAGCCCAGACGAGCAUGCGAUAGUUGGCACGCCUGCGCCAGUCCUAGAUGCGACAGCAAACACCACGACUGACAUGCCGCCCAGUUCGGGCGGCACGACCUCUACGACACUAACAGCGAACGAUCAAGAUCCGACUGAUGGCAGGGCUUUAUACUCGGGGGCUACUCCACUUCCGCAUCCUGCAACAGCUACAGGAAGGACUGUUAUGACCCCUGGCAGAGAAGGGCCACCUCGUGCGGACGAUAUCAGUCCUCGCACAGUCGCCAUGUCUCUGUUUGGAGACGACCCAGAUGCGCCUUCCAGCAACGCGCAGAGCAAAUCGAAAUCGAGUCUCUUCGACGACGAGGCAGGCUCGACGUCCAAGACGACUUUGAGCUCCAUCUUCGCCGACAACACGGCCGAGAGCAACGACGACUCGCCCUGGGGGUUCACGCCGAGCAAAAAGAGCGGUGGCAGAGGCAGCUUGGUCAAGUCAUUGCUAGCAGACGCGGAUAUGCCUGAUCUGUAUGUUGAUACAUUCGACGCACUGCAAGAAAGAGGAACAGUCAGCCGGCAGGAUUGCGAGCAGCUGAUCAAGGGCUCCGGUGUGAGUGCAGGUGAUCAGAGCAAGAUCUGGAACAUCAUCGGACAGGGCGAGCGACAGCAGAGAAGCGAGUUCAGUGUCUUUCUGGCAUUGGUCGGACUUGCGAAAGAGGGCGAGGAGUUGAGCCUCGACGCCGUGGACGAGAGACGGAGGAAACUGCCGGUCCUCAGCCUGCCAAACAUGCAAUCGAACGCCUCACAAGCGCUGCCACCUGCGACUCCAACUAAACAGCCGGAAGUCAUGGCUGGCGCGGAGUCGUCUCCGGAGCAUGCGCAAAAGAAUGGAAGGCAGCCAUCAUUUGGCGCUGGGUUCGGUAGCGAUCCAUGGGCAAGUCCAGAGAUGCACAAGGGACAUGGGCAUCUCAAUGGAGUAGGUGCUACGCAUAGAACGACGAGCAGCUUCACGACGAACACUGCCGACCCUGGCGAGUCAGCCGAUAGCUAUAGCAAUGGACAAACCGUCAACACCGGUAGCGUUGCGGGAAGUUGGGGCGGUACGACUGCCUUCGCAGCGAGCAACGCAGGGGGCUUUGGCAAUGCUGCUCCCAGCGGAGACGAUCACGGCUUUGGCGACGAAGGUAAUGGUUCAGGCACAGUGAGACGAACUACACCUCAACCUCGCCCAGCUGUCAGAUCUGGCACUGAUGAGCUUGUCACCGUGAACUUGCUAGACGAGAAGGAGGGCAUGUUCUUGUUUCAGCACAGGAACUACGAAGUUGCCUCAAUCAGACGCAAUAGCAAGGUCAUCCGGAGGUACAGCGACUUCGUGUGGCUGCUCGAUUGCCUUCACAAAAGAUAUCCGUUUCGACAAUUACCGCUGCUGCCGCCAAAACGAGUGGCAAUCAAUGGGAACCACAUCGCGGCUGAUCAGACUUUUCUCGAGAAGCGAAGGCGUGGAUUGGCGCGGUUUGUGAAUGCCCUCGUGCGGCAUCCUAUCCUACGGGAGGAGCAGCUGGUUGUGAUGUUCUUGACAGUACCAACGGAACUGGCGGUCUGGCGAAAGCAAGCUACCAUCAGCGUGCAAGAGGAAUUCGUUGGCAGAUCGUUGCCACCCUCGCUCGAAGACAGCUUGCCGCAGAAUCUUCAAGACACCUUCGACACUGUGAGAUCCGGCGCGAAGCGCAGUGCAGACCUUUACAUCAACCUGUGUAACCUUGUGGAAAGGGUCUGCAAACGCAAGGAAGGCAUUGCGGCCGAGUAUGGGCGGCUCAACCUCAACUUGAUAACACUUACCGAAACCAGCAACAACACCUACGCCAUCGACACGAAUGAUGUCCCUUUACUGAACGAGGGUAUCAAAAGCACCGCUAAGCACAUUGCUGCUUCGCAGACUCUUCUUGAGGAUGAGGCUCGAGCGUGGGACGAAGGCGUGCUGGAGGACCUGAAGACGAUGCGCGAUUCGCAUGUCAGCAUGCGGGACAUGUUUGACCGAAGAGACCGCUACGCCAAAGACAACAUCCCACAGCUUGAGAAGCGGAUCCAGCAGAAUGAGCAGAAACUUCAGAACAUACGCAACAAGGGCGAUGCAGCCAAGCCUGGUGAGGCGGACAAGGUGUCGAACGCGAUCACGGCGGACAAGCAAAGCAUCGUAGAGCAGCACGCGCGCGGCGUCUUCAUCAAAGAAUGCGUUCGCGAUGAGUUGCUUCACUUCCAGAACACGCAAUACACAGUCUCAAGAUUGCACCAAGACUGGGCUCAGGAGCGUGUCAAAUAUUCCGAGCUCCAGGCCGACAACUUUAGAGGGCUGGUAGACUCGGUCGAGGGCAUGCCACAGGGAGACUAG